GUAAUUAGGUACUUUUUUUCAGCUUCUUUUAUGCCUGAAUAUACUUUUGGCAUUUGGCUUUUACAUUGCUAGUCUAUUUAAGGAUGACGUUUAGUCCUAAUUUCUGUUGCAACAUCACAUUAAAAUCACUUAGCUCUAUGAGCAGCUGUAUGCAUUCUUGUACUGCAGAACAAAUUUACGUAUAGGUUGGAGCCUGUGGUUUACAUCUUGUGUGUUUUUUAGCACAUUUGGACCCUACAGCAUGGAUGUGAUGGUAAGCUGUGUAUUUGGUGUGGACCUGGACUCAAUCAACAAGCCUGCAAAUCCCUUCAUUACCCACGCCUCAAAGCUUUUUAAUUUUCCUUUGCCUCUUUUCUUUUUUCAAGGGUUUUUUCCAUUCUUCCUUCCUCUUUUGGAGCUCCUUGGGCUUUCAUUUUUUCCCAAGUCCUCUACUACUUUCUUUAGAACGGUUGUGGAGAAAAUAAGAGCAGAACGGAAUGAGAGCUCAAGAAAGAAUUUGACAGAUAUUCUUCAGUAUUUCAUCAACUCAAAAUCCAGUAAAGAAAGGGAGAAUCUGGGUCUGAAUGAUCAUGAGAUCUUUUCUCAAGUCACAAUGCUCCUGUUUGCUGGUUAUGAAACCAGUGCCACCACUCUCGUUUUCUUAGCAUACACUUUGGCAAGGAAUCCUGAAGUCAUGAAACGUCUGCAACAAGAGAUAGACUCAACUUUUCCACACAAGGGUCCAGUCCAGUAUGACAGUCUGAUGCAGAUGGAGUACCUCAGCAGUGUGGUGGAUGAGUGUUUGAGGCUCUACCCCCCAGCUGCACGUUUGGAGCGAACGGCUAAGGAAACGGUAAAAGUCAAAGGAAUAACGAUCCCAAAGAACAUGGUUGUUAUGAUUCCAGUCUAUGCCCUGCACCGAGACCCAGAGCUGUGGCCGGAUCCAGAGGAGUUCAAACCUGACAGAUUCAGCAAGGAGAAUAAACAGAGCAUCGACCCAUACACUUAUCUGCCUUUUGGGGUCGGACCGAGGAACUGUUUGGGGAGGCGAUUCGCCAUGGCGUUGAUUAAACUGGCCUUGGUGAAGGUAUUGCAGAACUACAGCUUCCUGGUCUGUGAGGAGACAGAGAUCCCUUUGAAGAUGAACCCUGAAGGCCUUGUUGGACCUCAGCGACCAAUCAAACUACAGCUGCAGAAACGCUCUGUCAGCUCAGCAGAUGUGGAGAACUGAAGAUGACCAGGUGUCUGAUUGUGUCUGACUGCACAUCGCUCAAUGCUGAGCCUAUAUAUGAAUGCUAUAGCUUGUUUUGAUAACGUGCACUCAACACUAAUUUCAGUAUACAUAUCAAUAAUGAACAUUAUUUAAAUUGGACAUUCUAGAACCAUCUAACUUCAUUUUGUGAAUGAUACACAUGUUGCUUUCUUCUUACUCACUUGGCCUGAGAUUACUUGACAUUACCUGAUGAUCCAAUAGAAGAAAAAUCAUUGAUGUGAAAGAGGGAGAAAACAUACAAAUAAUUAAUUUCUCUGAAAAUAUAAUGAGGCAUAAAAUGGUAAUAUGAGGAAAGAGCAGUUACUUAAACGUACCUGUAUACUCUGUGUGUUCUAGUACUAAAACAUUACGCUGAAGA